AUGGCAGACAGCUUACCAACAACCAAGCGGGCCCUGGCCUCCGACGCCCCAUCAUCAGAAAAACACCCAGACCCCCCUCCACCACAACCUCACUCCAACCCCGAAGACUCACCCUCACCAACCUACCCCACCCCCCUAAAACUCACCUUCAUCCUCGUCGGCCUAAACCUCUCCAUGUUCCUCGUCGGCCUCGACAACACAAUCCUCUCCUCCGCAAUCCCAAAGAUCACAGACCAAUUCCACGCCCUCGCCGACGUCGGCUGGUACGCCAGCGCCUACCUGCUCACAAACUGCGCCUUCCAGCUCAUCUGGGGGAAGCUGUAUACCUUCUACAUCGUGAAAUGGGUAUACGCCGCUGCACUGUUCCUCUUCGAGCUGGGCUCGUUGAUCUGUGCUGUGGCCCCCAGCUCCACGGCUCUCAUUGUUGGACGCGCAAUUGCGGGCGUUGGGGCCGGCGGCGUGACGAAUGGGAGUUUCCUCCUCAUUGCGCAUUCGGUUUCUCCCCCGAAACGGCCCACGCUCGUGGGGUUGCUAGGCAGUAUGUACGGGCUUGCUGCGAUCGCGGGUCCGCUGAUGGGCGGUGCGUUUACGGAUAACGCGUCCCUGACGUGGCGGUGGUGUUUCUGGAUUAAUCUGCCACUGGGCGUUGUACCCGCGGGCGUGAUUGUAUUCCUCAUCCCGAGCUUUGCGGGGAGUGCGAACCGCCAGACGGGCGUGCUGAACCAAGUCAGGCAGAUGGAUGUUCCGGGCUCACUGUGCUUGUUGCCCGGGGUAAUCUGUCUGCUUCUUGGCCUGCAGUGGGGGGGCACGAGGUACGCCUGGGACAACGGGCGGAUUAUCGCGCUGUUCGUGCUGGCCGGGUUGUUGGGCGUGGGAUUCACGGCGAUCCAGUAUUUCAGCGGGGACCGCGCGACGGUCCCGCCGCGUGUCUUUGGGAAUCGGAAUGUCUGGGGCGCGGCGCUGUUUGGGUCUGGUGUUACGGCGGCGUUUUUUCUCAUGAUGUACUAUAUCCCCAUCUGGUUCCAAGCCAUCAAAGGCGCGUCCGCCAUCCGCUCCGGCGUCAUGAACCUCCCCAUGGUUCUCGCGUACGUGACCUUCUCGCUAUCCGGCGGCUUCCUGACUUCGCUACUGGGCUACUACGUGCCCUUUGCGUACGCGACCGUCGUCUUCAUGAGCAUCGGGGCCGGUCUGCUCUCGACGUUCAGCGUGGACUCCGGCAGCCCCGAGUGGAUAGGGUACCAGUUCCUGUUUGGCGCGGGCGUGGGACUAGGGUUGCAGACUGCGUUUGCGGCGCCUCAGUGCGCGCUCCCCAUUGAGGAUAUUGCCAUUGGCACGGCGAUCGUCAUGUUCCUGGAGAAUCUGAGCGCGGCGGUCUUUGUGUCUGUGGGCCAGAAUGUGUUUAGUAACCAGCUGAAGAGCAAUGUGGGGAUUUAUGCGCCGAGUGUUGAUGCGGCGGAGCUGGUUGAGAGGGGUGCGACGGAGGUGAGGAGUUUGGUGGGGGAUGGGCCUGUUUACCAGGCGGUGCUGUUUGCGUAUAAUAAGGCGUUGACGCAGACGUUUUAUGUCGGGGUUGGCUUGUCUUGUAUUGGGAUUUUUGGAGUCGUAGUUAUGGAGUGGAUUAAUGUCAAGAAGGGGGCGAAGAAGGGGAAGAGUGAGGCUGUGGCUGAGCAGGAGGGAAGCCAAGGGGUAUGA